CAGAUCUAUAUCUGUUCUUUUCAUCUCCUUUUUGCAUUAUAUAAAAGGCAGCAACAAGCAGCUUGCUUUGCUCAUCAAUAUCAGCCACGAAAAGAGCCCUACCAAAAGCUCAUCAAUUCCUUUCCGUGGCCCAUCCAUAACUUUUUUGCAGCCAUGAAAAUGUCCCUCAAGAGAUUGCCCAUUCUCCACAGGUUGGUAUCCAAGUCCAACUACAAUCUUCUUAGAAUCUCCAUCUUACUUACCAAAAUGAAAAAACCCAUGGUUCAUAAGCUUAUUUUUCUCAAGAAAUCAAGAAAGCUCAAGAGUUUUAAGCUUCUGAAGCAUUACAACCAUGGCUCCCUAGGAGAGUAUCAGUUUGAUUCCCCUUCAAGCACUCCUCUUAUUCAUUACUAUAACAAAAAACAUGAGGUCGGAAACACAGAUAUUUACUCCAUGCUGUUUUGGUGCAAGUGUUUUGGUUGCCUGAAAGCUCAGGCAAGAGGAGAAGAAGAUUGCGGGUUAGCAUUGGAAGCUGAUCAUCUGUCAGUAGUAGUACCUCCCAUGGCAUUGACAGGGGAAAUUGAUAUUGAAGAUGAUGACUCAGUUGAUGAAAGGGCUGAGAGGUUCAUUCAAAAUUUCUAUGCACAAAUGAGGCUGCAGAGGCAGGAAUCAUUUUAACUAAAUGAAUACCUUCAAUUUUUUUCCCCUUUCAAAUUAUUACAUGUUCUCCGCAACUCCACAAUGUUUUUUUUUUCCCUGUGGAGUUUUGUCAUGAUUUUUUUUUUGGAGUGAGCUUAUUUUAUUGGAUUAUUUGGAAAUUGUUAAUUGAUUUGCAGGACAUUCGAAACUUUUAAUAAAAAGUAAAA